AUGACGCAGAAGCAACGUGUCUUGCGAUUCAGCCUCGCCCAUUUUCGGAAAGAGACUUGCUCGGAGGAGAGUUGCCAUUAUUUCGGAACCAAGCUUCACGCGAAGCAAGCAGCGACGCUUCAUGCCAAGCACGGCGUGUUGCAGUACUAUCAGAUUUACAACACGGAACUCACUCGCGGCGCCGUCGAAGACUUUCGGAACGCGUUGGGGGCGGAUUGGGAGAUUCAACGCCACGAUCUGACCGUCGAGCUGUACGUCCGUGACCUGGCUACCCUGCGAUCCAUUGCUUCGGAUCCGGAAUUCGCAACCUUUCACCAUUUGGAGGAGCCCUAUCUAAGCCGAGGCCAUGUAGUGGUCAGUUUGGGGUGGGUGGAGGCGUACAUUGAGGAUGGCAAGUUGGUAAAUGUCCUGGAUGACGGGACCCCUGUCUAUAGUCCAGCUUACGCAGAUUUUGUGCGUGAUGGGGGAGAAUUGCGGAAGGCACUCGCUUAA